AUGGCGGUAGAGACGCACGACAAUGAACGCUUCGGUCUCGGCUGGCUGUACUGCACCAGUCUAAAGGAUGACCGCGUGCGCGAGGAGAAGUUCCCCUCUUACGAGCCGUGCAGCGCGGCUCAGCGCCGCCGCAGCGAGGCCGCUAACGCUGUCGAGUACGCGGCAGCAACCGUCUAA